GUCUCACCCACGCGACUUCACAGGAACAAAAACCGAUAUCCAGCACAGAAAUUCCACAACUGACCGAUCUCGUUCGUAACCCUUCUUCUCCUCUCCUCAAACUUGGGCGCAACCCUUGCCUGCAUAGCCCUCAGGUGUUCUACGAAAGUAGUCCUCUCUUGCGCUCUCCAGAAACGCUCCUAGGAUCCUGAGAGGUGGAACACAAGACACGGUAGCAGAGAUGUCGAACGCGUUCAUUGGGCUCACCAUGCUGGUGACGCUCAGUUCUCCACCUGGCGCCCAAUUAAGAGGAGUCGUCAGUGGCAUUGAACCUGGCAAAAGUCUGACUUUGCGGAAUGUAACUUGCCCUGCGAACGGAAAGUAUGUCCCAGAAUUCACGAUCAAUGCCGCCGAAAUCGUUGAAUUGAUUGAAGCUCGCAACGAGAACACAGCUCCUAGUGCUACCGUGAAAGCUCAAAAAACUAUCCCUGUCGCUCCUGCUGAGAGGAAGACUUUCGAAGAUCCUGCCAUUCUGAGUGUAGGAAAGCGACCAACACCGAACCAGAAUUUGAGGCCGAACAUACCUGCGCAAUGGAACUCUGCUGCUAUGGAGAGGACAGACUCGGCACGAACUGCGACGGGUAGGGAGAAGGAUGCGACGAGAGACAUUACUCCAGCUGCGACUCUGGUAGAACCCAUGCAGAAGGUUCAUAUCAAGGAGGAAGUAGACGACGGACUGGUCUUGGAGGAACUUGAUGCUGCACAACCAGAACCUGAGGUUUCGCCCGAGCCUGAGUUACAACCAGUCAAAGCACGGAGGACCCGUAGACGAAAAGGUCGCAAGAAUGAUGAAGGUAGUCAUGAUCCGGCUUCAGCACCAACGAAAGAGACCACUAGAUCUAAGGGAUGGAGACAAACACCUUUGCUGGAACCAGUGGACUCUUUCCAACCGUUUGCUACUUUGAAGAAGAACCAAAAGGGCAAGAUGCGAAAGGAGAUGAGUGGAUGGGCGACUGAGGACGCUACUGAUGUCCAGGAGAUGGGAGACUUCGACUUUGAAAACAACUUGGCGAAGUUUGAUAAGAGGACUGUCUUUAACCAGAUCCAAGCUGAGGAUAGUGUGGCCGACGAGGAUCGAUUAGUUGCUCAUAAUAGAUUACCAAAGGCCAAACCAGGUACAUCUGGUGGAAAGAAUUUACACUACACCGAAAACGUCCUCGAUGCAGCAAAUGGAAAUGGAAAGGCGAAGGGUGGUUCUUACAAGAGCGAGGCUGAUAGUGAUGAGAUUGAGGAGAGGGCAAGUCAGAGAGGCUCUGGAAGUGGUCGACAUUCCCGUCGAGCUGAAAGCAAGCUAUCUACGAGUCGAAGACCUGUUUCUCGCAAGGGUAGCGCUGGCAUGCAACCGUUGCAGCCAGCCAGGACGCUCUCUAUGCCGACCAACGCCAAGGCUUUGUUCUACCUUGUUCCGUCGGAUAGACGUUGCGAGCCAAUCUCGUCUCUACAAAUGCUCAAUCUAGAGAACAUUGCCGACAACGAGCUUGGUUUGUCAGAGGACAUGAUGACUGAGAACGCCGCUCGUGGUAUUGCUGAGGUCGCUUUGUCUGCUUUACAUACUCGCACUGACGGCUUGAAUGUUGGAAACAAUGUGGUCAUCCCAACAGUCGUUGUUUUCGCAGGAAAUAACAAAAGUGGUCUCCGAGCCGUCGCAGCAGCCAGACAUCUCCGAAAUCACGGUGCUAGUGUUGUGGUCUGUGUCCUUGGCUUGGAACGCGAAUCGGAGCUUUUGGUAGGCCUUAGACGUCAAAUCAAGGUCUUCCGUAGCUUCGGAGGCAAGGCGGUCACGAAGUCAGAGCUUCUUGAAUUCAUCAAGAAUCUUGCUUCACCCGUUGAGCUUGUCAUCGAUGGCCUUCUCGGUCUUACCAUUUCAUUCGAGGAGCUCAGAACAGGAGAUCAAGCAACAGCUUACGAGCUCAUUGCAUGGGCCAACCGAAGUAAGGCGGAAGUGCUUGCGAUUGAUGUUCCUACUGGCAUUGAUCCGACAACUGGAAAGGUCAGCAUCAUCGAUGGAAGACAACUCUACAUCCAUGCCAAUUAUGUUGUGGCUAUGGCUGCACCGAAGAAAGGUCUGCUGGAGGCGAUGGCUCUUGGUGAAGGAAUCGGAGACGAGGACGCAAUUGGCAAGGGCCGAGAAUGGCAACUCUACGUCGCUGAUCUCGGUCUUGGUGCUUCCGUCUGGAAGAAAGCCGGCACGAGAGUCAGGAGAGGAGUCGAAUUCGAGGGAAGUUGGGUUCUGGGCAUGAGAUUUGAGAGCGCGGAGUGAACGAGGGACAACAAAAGCUUAUGAAGGUCGAAUUGUAUUUUUUGCUGAAACUUAGCAUGGCGUUAGUGGCUACACUUUACGAAGGGCGGGAAAGCUGGUCGGAAAAUCAGCUUCAGAUAUGGUUUAGCAAGGCGCAUUACGAUGGCUGGGGGUUAUAGCUUUACUGCUAUGGUAUUCUUUUUUAACGUCAAUCACUUUACA